CAAGCCCAGUCAACGACGUAUUAAACUCUUCAUUAACGGACAAUUGCUAGUCCAGAAGAACAUAGUAUACCGAUGAGCAGCAGUCUCUUUGAGCAGUCUCGCCUCCUGUGGUCGCCACCAGCUCCAAGCGACGCCGUUGUUGAGCGCCUUCGCCGGGAGAUUAAUUUGAAACAUGGACUCAGCCUUCGGAAUUACCAUGACCUCCAUGACUACUCAACUACAGAUUACACCUUCUGGCGUGACCUCUGGGACUUUCUCGGCAUCAUAGCUUCCGUGCCACCUUCCAAGAUACUUCAAAAGGGUGUGCGCGAAGAGGUCCCCAAAUGGUUUCCAGAUGCUCGCCUCAACUAUGCGGAGAACCUAUUGCAUCGUAACGAUGAUGGACUCGCAUGUACGACUGGCGGAGAGUUAGGCAGGGUCUCGCAUUACACUUUUCGGCAGCUCCGAGUCCUUGUUCAAGAAAUGGCCGCUGCCAUGCGUACCAACGGACUCCAGCCCGGCGAUCGAGUAGCGGCUAUCAUCACGAACUCGAUUACGGCUGUGGUCAUAGCAUUGGCCACCGCCAGCGUAGGCGCGAUCUUCUCGAGCACGGCGACUGAUAUGGGCACACAGGGAAUCCUCGACAGAUAUAGACAAAUCAAACCAAAAUUCGUCUUUUCCGAGACCGAAGUUAUCUAUGCUGGCAAAGCGAUAUCGCUCGUUGGCAAGGUGUCCGAGGUCGCCAAGGAUUUACGCGCUCUUGGUCUCCAGUCACUUGUUUUGCUUCCGAGCGUCCGAACUGGUCAACAACUUCCCGACGCCUUGAAGAUCCCGAACAGUGUUUCGUUGAAUGCCUUCCUGGCGAGUGGGGACAAUCGCUCCCUCGUUUUUGAGCAGUUGCCAUUCAACCAUCCGCUUUACAUCCUUUACUCUUCCGGUACCAGUGGGCCGCCUAAAUGCAUCGUACAUUGUGCUGGGGGUGUCCUCAUGAAUGUGAAGAAGGAUUGCAUGAUUGGCUUUGGCAUUCUGCCCACUGACGUCUUCUUUCAAUAUACUACUACAGGGUGGAUGAUGUGGCCAUUUAUGUUGACAGGUCUAGCAUGUGGAGCACGAAUUAUAUGCUACGACGGAUCACCCUUCCACCCGGACGUUCGUGCAUACCUCAAGUUCAUUAAUGAUCAAGGGGUAACCGUUUUUGGCACAAGUCCACGCUUUCUCUCCGAGGUUCAGAUGCGAGGCAUCAAUCCGUUGGAACUCGGCUCGUUCAAGUCAAUGCGGCUAAUGACUGUCACUGGUGCCGUCCUCACAGCGCCUCUCAUGGAAUGGACACAUGCAGCUUUCGGGAAUGAGCUUUGUAUUGGAUCUUCUUCUGGCGGCACAGACGUGUGCUGUGCAUUUGUCACAACUGUCAAUUCUUUCCCAUUGCAUGCCGGAGAAUUACAGGGCAAGUCUCUCGGGAUGGCCGUAGAGAUAUUCUCCCCAUCGGGUGUCAACAUUGCACAUACUGGCGAGGCUGGAGAACUUGUGGUCACACGUCCUCACCCCAGUAUCCCUAUAGGCUUUUGGGGUGAUGAUGAUGGACAGAAGUUCCGCCAGGCGUACUAUAGCACAUACCCUGGAAUCUGGAGGCACGGUGACUUCAUUGCUCAAAACCCCAUCACGAAAGGAUUCCUCCUCCUCGGUCGGAGUGACGGUGUGCUCAAUCCAUCCGGAGUCCGAUUUGGCUCGGGAGAGAUUUACAAUAUCCUGGAGCACUUCUCGUCCGAACUCGAUGACGCGAUCUGCGUUGGCCAGCGACGGCCAUCCGAUGCUGACGAACGUGUACUUCUCUUUGUCAAGAUGAGGGAGGGUCGGCCAUUUACUGAGGAUCUGGAGCGGGUCAUGAAGGCUACGAUCGGGAAGGCGUUGAGCAAGCGCCAUGUGCCCGAGUACAUUUUCGAGGUCAAGGAGAUACCUUACACAGUGAAUGGAAAGAAGAUUGAGAUAGCCGUGAAGCAAAUCGUCUCUGGUGUCGACACGAAGCCUAGUGGAACUGUUGCUAAUCCAGACUCCCUGAAGCAGUACUAUCAAUAUCGUAGAAUCGAGGAGGUGGCUCGCAACACGAAGAAACCGAACGCUAAAUUGUGAAAGGAGAAGUACUUCAAUUUAGCCAAUACUUAGAUGUUUUAUACAUAUAUUUAGAAGAAACUUAUGUGCAAAGCAAUGCAAUGUUUGAGCCCCC